GGCACGCAGCUUGGCUUAAACUUACAUUGUUAUCCUAGUUCUCAACAUCGCUCGGGGUCUCCUCAACUUUUCCCGAACAAAACACAUUCGCUACGUGACGUUGUUAACACGGAAUCCACCCACUCAACGCAGGACAACUCCGAAACUCCACCGUAAACCACAAACUCCCGCUGGCACGCCCAUUCGACUGCAGACCCCAGAACGCCCCCCACCAGGACAACAAUGAGAGCGGCAAGGAGUCAGGGGCUAGGAAGUGGAACUGGACACAGGUGGCUCUUGGUUUGGAUGACGGUGCUGCUCCUGGUCGUCCCACCGCAUUUGGUCGACGGCCGCUACCUGCCGACAAGGUCGCAUGGCGACGAUUUGGACAAGUUGCGUGAACUGAUGCUGCAGAUUUUGGAGUUGAGCAAUGAGGACCCACAGCAGCAGCAGCAGCAGCAGCAACAGCAACAGCCACAGCAGCAACACCCACUGCUGCGUCUGCACAAUGAGGCCACCAGCAGCAACAGCAACAGCAACAUCAACAAUCCACGCGUGUCCAACGGCAACUCUAAUGCCGCCUGGCUGCAGAAACUGAGUGCCAUGGGUGCCCUGGAUGAAUUGGGCGGAGAUGGAGUCCAACGAUUUGGUUCCAACUAUGGCCGAUACUAAGCCAUCUGAGCCGAGAACACCUGACGACAACAGCAGCAACUUUGACAAGGGAAACGGAAACACGGGGCUGGGGGAAAACCAUGUUGCGAUUGAAAAUGUUUUGGGUCCGAGAAAAGGGAUAGUAGUGUCGGAAAUGUUCACAGGAUUAAAAUCCAAUUCAAACGAAAUCAAAGUGCGUGAAAAUGGACAAAUAAAUGGAGCAAAGGAUUCUUGUUCAAAGCCUACUUUGAAGUACUUUGAACAGACUUGUGCCUUUUUGGAAUGUUUAAAAGGACACUCUGUAAAAUCAAUUCAAGAAUGGGUUCUUUUAUGAAAUAACUUCAAGGUCCAUUUUUAUUCUGUAAAUGCAAAACAUACUUACAUUUAAUAUAAUUAUCUUAAAUUCUCUAGAAUCUUUUUAAAGCAAUUUUAUUAAGUUAAAGUGUAUUCACAAUUUACAUUUAUAUGUUUUUAAUAAUAUGUGGGACUACUUAAUUAUAAAGUAUUUCGUAUACCAACUAUUCCCGCCUAUUAUUUUUAAGAUUAAUUUAUUUAAUAACAUCAAACAUAUGUAUGUUCAAUAUUUAGCAAAUAAUUAACUAUUUAAAUUGCUAUUAGAAACAUGAACUUACAAGUCACCAAAAAUUCAAAAUGUUCAUAGAUACAUUUUUAAUUUCAACAUGGUUUCCACUUUACCCCAAACUGAAUCACUCUCAACGGUUUUAAAUACGAAACGAAAAACUGAAAAUAAAUUCAGAAUAAGACGAAACUGGAAAACUUGAAAGGACAAAAGCAGUUCCUAUGCUAGAACAAUAAUUUUUAAAAUCCUUUGGGUAAGCCCGAAGCGAAAAAUGUACCUAUAUGUAUGUACCUAUGUGUUGUAGAGCAACCCCGUCCCUCUGAAACAAACAAAACUCUGAACAAAAAAAGUGACCCUUUAAUGGUGUAGACUAAGUGCGGAUUUUCAACUUCUUUUUGCGCGGCCAAACAAGAGAUAAAAAAAUUAAAAGUACCAUAAAAUUGUAAAUAUUUUACCCCCAAAAACCCUUCCACUCCCGCCCCACGAACAAUAAUAACUGGAGUUUUAAUGGGCCCCCAAGGCUGACCGGGGCAUAUGAAGAUAUAUAGUAAAUGUAUUGUGUAUUUAUAAAUUAUACUACUCCCAACUAACCUCCACUAGCUGCGAUGGCCUCCGCUGGAAGAUGGGCCCAAGUUUAAUGCGAUUUCGGUUGAGACUUUAUGGCCAACAACAUGUCGAGGGAGAUAUAUACUUAUACUUAUACACACACUAUUUAAUUCGUACCUAUAUAUAAAUGUACAUUUAAUUGUUGUUAACUUACGUUAUCGUUAUUACUUAUGAUUCGCCGCAGAAGCAAAAAUAAAAGAAAUCAUUUUCAAUGCAA